GUCUAAUAAAUAAAGGUAUAAUUGAUAGUACAAAUUGAUGCUAGGUUAUCCGUUAAUUGGGAAGGAUUUGAUUAUCAUUAUUGUCAUAAUUAAUUAUUGUUCUGUUAUCUGGAGGUGCUAAAUAUGUAUCAUCUACUCUUUUCCAAUAAUGAUUGACCCCAAAUGCUAACUAAUUAUGAGAAGGUAGUGUUUAUUAAAGAUAGAUGCCAUCAUAAGCCGUUUUACUGUAUCAUUCAUGCUCAUUGUACUUCAGCUUGAAGCUGUUUUUUUUUUCUUUUUUUUCUAUUUUUAUCUCUAGAUAAUAAUUAAGUAAAAUAAUUACACAUUUAAUGAAUGAUAGAAGCAUGGAGCAUCUUUAUCAGAACAUUUGUUUCUUUGACUGGUAAGAUAUGAAAAAUAAGAUUUGUGUGAAUGUAUGGUAAUUUGUUAUUUUCAUACUCAAUGCAUGUUGCAGCUCACACUACUGUAAUUUUCCUUCUACAUAUAAGAGUCCACACAAUAAAUAUCCUAAUGAUUCAUUCUAGCAUUAAUAGAAACCCAAGUUCAGCUACUUAUCCUAAUUUCUUUAGUGAAGAAAAAGAAUACUUAAGUGAUCACAAUAUGGCUAAUCCUACUGGUGUUCUUACUUUUACACUUAUAUUUGUUCUUGUACCUACCACCCUUUCACAGACAUUUGGCAACUUACCUGCAGGCCCCACCGUGUCAUCGUGUGGGCCACUCCUGUUUCAAUUGGCUCCCUGUGGACCAUUCGUGCAGGGCGCAUCGCCCGCACCGACCGAGCAGUGUUGCAGUAACCUCAGGCAACUCUAUAGUCAGCAACCAGGUUGCCUUUGCCUGUUGCUCAAUCAAACUAGCCUUAGCUCCCUGCCUAUCAACACCACAUUAGCUCUUCAGUUGCCAACUCUUUGCAGUAUGCAUGUUGACAGCUCUACCUGUUCAGUUUCUGAAGGACUGGCUCCUAGCUCACCAACACCUCAAGUUUCCUUUGGGACAAAUAGCAAUUCAACUGUUGCUGCUUCGCCGAUGGUGACAGUGGGCCCACCUAAGAUGUCCAGCAUUUUGGGAUUUGGCGUUAACAACAGCUCUGCUAUAAACGUAAAUGCAAAGGGGAGCUUGAUGAUCACCGUGCUAUCUUCUUGGGGUGCAUUAUUCUGGCUCUAACAGUUUUCGUAUUGUUUGUAAAGUCAUUAUUUGACUUAAAGUUUAGUUCAGACGUGAUAUGUAUCAAGUAGAAUAUGCUUGAGUACAUGUUUUUCUAUCAUAGAUUUGUUUGUCCACCCAUUUUAAAACUAGUUAUUCCCCUAGCCCCGUUUCAAGAAUCAUAUGCUAAUUUUAUAACAUAUAUUUAUGCUCAUAUGCCAAUUUUUUUUUCCAGUCAUAUGCCAA